AUGUCAGACGACGACAUCCAAUUCCUGGGCUCAAAGCCUGUCGAAAGAGCCGCCAUGAGGAAUGCCCACCGCCCUGUUACGGGAAUCGGGCUUCACAUUGAGAGAUCGAGCAAUACCCCAGCAUAUGGGAUGGUAUUCCGCAGAGCUAGCACGAGCGUCAUUCACAUUGGUCGGAGACCAGGAACUGAUCCAGACCGAAGGUCUCAAGAUAUCGAGGAUGGGAACGCCAUGUUCCGAUGCGCCGUCGUCAGUCGUAAGCAUGCAAAGAUCGCACUUUCCGACAGCGGCCAUGCAUACCUUAUCGAUUUGGGCUCGCACCAUGGAACUCACGUUCGCAAGCGGGGUGAAGGGACUUCCAAGAUCCUCAAGCCUGAGACACCUGCACUGCUUACUGACGGCGAUGUCGUCACUUUUGGCAAGGCAGUGGGCAAGGGUGAGGAAUGCGUGCGGCCCAUCACGGCAAGGGUGGAACUUCUAUAUGGCGCCCAGGCCCUGUCAUCCAUCAAGCCUCUAGUCGUCCCCUCCUCUUCCACUAACUCUUCCCCCUUGUCGUCGUCGGACCGAUCAAGCAAUAAGACUACGGGACGUUAUGGCGUUCAUUCCUCCCCUUCAUCGUCCGAUGACUCAUCCGCGCCCAACUCUGACCAAUAUUCAGACAUUGAAGAGAUCCCCGCACCGGCGUCAGCAGUGAAAGUAGCUUCCCCCGACCACGACGAUGGGCACAUUGGCAGGGCUUUUGAGGUGUUGAAACAUCUUUUACCCCCUUCACAUACGCCAUGCACCCCUAUCCGAGGCCGAUCGCCCGCAAUCGAGCUUUUUGAUUCUCCCUCGCGAACCCGCUGGUUAAAUCCUCCCCCACACCCUAGCUUCCCGUCCCGCUGGCCAACCCCUCCUCCCCUCCAACCCUCGUCACCCAGCUAUUUCCAGCACUCUCCACCUUACAGUCCUCGUUCGCUGAGCUGGCCUGACUCGCCCAGCCCACCUUUCUCCAACUACGAUCCUGUUGGCUUUGAUGCCUCACAGCAUGACAUUUUCGAGGCAGGCAGCAAUAGGUCUUGCUUGUCCUCGCCUAUGGAUCUUGCCAGUCCGUCUCCUGGACCCCUCAUCUCGGUUCUUCCCCCUGUGGAACCAUCUAUGGUUGGGGCGUGGCCGGCGUCUCGUUCCUCUGUCUCCAGUGCCCCUGGUACACCUGAGCCAGAGUCCCAUUCUACGAACCAGCCAGAAUCUCUUAGUGUGUCAUCGGAACAGGUUCAGAGUCUCGGAGGAGAACAGAAGGAGGCUGUGCUUUCUGAAAGCCAUGAGCAGGUUGCUGCGGCUGUUGAGCCUCCGGCAUCGUUGGCUGAAAGUGACGAUCUCUAUGCGCCUGCCAAGGCUCCUGAAGAAGUCGUCAAGCAACCUGAACCCGCAGGAGCAGGGUUCAUGCCUAUGUGUGAGGUUGAGCCUAUCAUUGCUGAGCUAAAUGCUCUGAAGACAAAUUUACAUAAUCUUCAGAACGACGUUACAGCGCUGCAGAAACAACGCCGCCAGCCGCGACCACGGUAUAACAACACCCACGACAUGCACACGCUCGAAGAAAAGGUUUCGGACUUUGACGAUCGGCUUUUGGACGUUGACUCAAAGUACAUCACGCUGGCUGAUCAAGUGGAGGGGAUGAUGCAUAUUGAUAUACCGGAUCUGCUAUCGCAGAUUGAGGCGCUGCAGGACCAGGCGGAGAAUGUGACGCAUGUUGAUAUUGCGGAUUUGCAGGAUCAGGUGGAUGUGCUUGAGGAGGCGCAGGCUGCGUUGCGUUCUGAGUGUGAGAAGGCGAACAAGGAUAAGGAGGAAAUGAAACUGAAGACGAAGAGGGAGGAGGAAGAGGCAAAGCCUUUUGGGGAGAGGGAAGAUGUGAAGAGUUGUUUGCAGACUAUGAGGGAUAUGGUUGAUGAAAUACGAAAUCUUCGAGAUCGGGCGGAGAAGCAGACGACGGCGGAUCUUGAAGCUGUACGAAAGAUACGGGAUGAGAUGGUUACUUGUCAGGCCGAGACGUCUGGGUACCGGGAUGAGGUUGAGGUUUAUUGGGAUGAGACGUCUUGCUAUCGGAAUGAUGCGGAUGAUUAUCGGGCUGACGCUGAGGCUUGUCGGGAUGAUGUGUUGGCUUAUAGGGAUGAGAUGAGGUUUUGUCGGGAUGCAGUGAUAGCUCAUCGGGAUGAGGCGAUGGCCCAUCUGAACCAGACGAGGGUGUAUCGGAAUGAGACGCUGGCGCACCGGGAUGGGACGAUGCUUUAUUGCAACCAGACGUUGGCCAAUAUCGCUGCUCGGGAAGAGGUGAUGGCGGCCCAGAACACUAACACGGCGGUAGCUGCUGCUGCAGAGACUACACCCGUUCUUACGUCGUUGAAGCGGAAGCGCGAUGAUACGGACGAGAACGAGGUUGGGGAUGAGGUUCAGAGUGACGCAGUGAGGAUAGUUGCCGUUGCCGUUGGGCCAGAUGGUGAUGAUGCUGUGAUGAAGGAGGAGAAAGCUGCUCCUCUGGCUGAUUCAUCCACGUCUAAACCGACGCCUGCAGACGGUCCACGGCGUCCCAGGAAGCGGGCGCGAAAGUUUGCAAAGGCAUUCGUGCAGACCGCUACUGCUGUUACGCUGGGAGCUGUGGUUACUUGGUCGGCGUUGGCUUUUAGCUGAGCCCCUCUCAAACCCCACAAAGUUGGGCUUGAACUUGCCAGGAGUGCUAUGAAGGCGAGAAGAACAGUUUGUUGUAUGUAUGUUUUAGGUUUUACUAUGCGAGUAUGUUGUAAUACUAUUGUACUUACGUGUUGUAUGUUCCAAUGCAAAUUUUAUGGGUUC